UCAUUAUUCACAGUUCGCACCACACCAUACACUUCUCAAGGAAGGAUUGCACAGAGAGAGAGAGAGAGAGAAAAGGUCGAAACUUUGAAGCCAAAAGAUGGCUGCAACUUCCUUGUGUUCAUCAACCCUCCAAUUCCAGAUCAAUGGACUCUACCUUCACAAAACGUCUCUUUUCCAUCCCCGUUCCCUCACUUUCUCCAGGAGGAAAAUUUCAACCAUGGUGAAGGCUUCAUCCCGUGUUGACAAGUUUUCAAAAAGCGAUAUCAUUGUUUCUCCAUCUAUUCUUUCUGCUAACUUUGCGAAAUUGGGAGAACAGGUGAAAGCAGUGGAGUUGGCUGGUUGUGAUUGGAUUCAUGUUGAUGUGAUGGAUGGUCGCUUUGUUCCAAAUAUUACAAUUGGACCUCUUGUGGUUGAUGCAUUGCGCCCUGUGACAGAUCUUCCUUUGGAUGUACACCUGAUGAUUGUAGAACCUGAAGAACGGGUGCCAGAUUUUAUCAAGGCAGGGGCUGACAUAGUCAGCAUUCAUUGUGAACAAUCUUCCACCAUCCAUUUACAUCGUACAAUUAAUCAAGUGAAAAGCCUGGGAGCUAAAGCUGGAGUUGUCUUAAACCCUGGUACCCCACUCAGUGCAAUAGAAUAUGUCCUUGAUGUGGUUGAUUUGGUCUUAAUUAUGUCCGUAAAUCCCGGCUUUGGUGGCCAAAGUUUUAUUGAGAGUCAAGUAAAGAAAAUUUCUGAUUUGAGAAGAUUAUGUGUGGAGAAGGGAGUGAAUCCAUGGAUUGAAGUGGAUGGUGGAGUUGGUCCCAAAAAUGCUUUCAAGGUGAUUGAGGCUGGAGCCAACGCAUUGGUUGCUGGUUCCGCUGUGUUUGGAGCUAAAGAUUAUGCUGAAGCUAUAAAAGGAAUCAAAACCAGCAAAAGACCUGAACCAGUUGCUGUUUGAAAUGCCUCCAUGGUGUCCUAUACAUUUUACGCUCCAAUACAAUAGUCAUGAAUAAGCAGGCCUAUUAGGCAUUAUUAUGUUGCCUGGCUUGCUGUCACCACCGGUAAUUGCUCCUCUCUGGAAUUAACUUCAAGAGAUCCGUCCAAGCCUCUGCUGCUGUGAUCCGUAGUUUGUGUAUAAUCUUUUGGUGUAUCAGAACAAGUUUAGUUCAGGAUAAGCCAUCUACUCUGUAUCAGCUUGUAACUUCUCAUUUGUGAUCUCCCAUAUUGUAAAGCAAUUAUGCUUUCUACCAAUACCAAGGUUUGAAGAAAACCAGCUAAAAUCAUUGUAUGUUUUUUUUUCUCAAGGUUGAUGCCAUUUUGUUUCAUCCUUUUUCAAACACUGUCAAUAGGACAUUCCUUGUCCUCUGCACUUCUAUAUGCUAAUCGGGAUUCAAAUGUG